AUUCCCACAACGGUCAUGGAGACCUUGCUACGCUUGUUUGCUAGCGUGGUCCCCGGUCCGCACUUCAUUCCUCCUUCACUGUACAUGCUGUCACAGCUAGCCGGUGUCCCUGACUGGCACCAGUUCCAGCAGCACCUCUGCUCGACCGAGGGUUGCCCUGGCCAUGUAUUUGAGCCAGAGCCAGAUCCCGCCAAGUGGGAGCAGCUACGUGACGAGUGCUGCCCACACUGCCAGACACCGCGCUUCAAGUCCGUUUACCUUGGAGGCAAGGAGCGUCUUGAACCCCGGCGGUGGUCCAUCGACUUCGGCCUGGAAAAUGUUAUCCGCGAGCAGUUUUUCCAGUCCGAGCUGUACAACCAGCAGCGCGGGCGAUGCCGGGAUUGCGGAGAGGACAGCAAUGGCAGCAGCUACUACAACGCUCCGGCCUUUCGUAAACUGGCUCUCGCCACCGACCACGAGGCCCAGAAGGCGACGGCCUCGACCUAUGACCUGUUCUUCGACUUCCUAGAGCCCUUUAAGGGGAGUCCUUA